AUGUAUGGGAAUGUAUUAGUUUGGUACAGUAAAAUAUGUAAGGUAUGGGAUAACGAAAAAGAUAUAGAUAUGUAUACCAGUAUGGUGAAGUUUUUCAACACAAAAAUGAAUGUGCCACAUAUCUUCUUCAAAAUUAUCGAUGGUUCACUAAAUCAUAACAUCCGUUUGAUGUUUCCUACAUCUUUUGUCAAUUGCUGGAGACAAGAAUUAGGUGAUAGAGUACGAUUAACUUCGUAUGAUGGUAUAAUUGUAACGAUACAGUUACAAACAAUUGAUGGAGAAAUAUAUUUCACUAAUGGAUGGGAGCAAUUUUUUGACCAUCAUAACUUACAGGAUGUUUUUGUUGUAGUAUUUGGAUAUAAUGGAAAUUCAACAUUCAAUAUGAGAAUAUUUGAUCAUUCUAGAUCAGAGGUUACAUAUGACUCUGAUAUUGAAGAAGACGAGGCUUUAUAUCUGGAUAAUCCUGUAUUCGAAAUAACACUGACGCUCAAUCAGAACAACCAUAGAGAAAUUGCAGGCUAUCUUUAA